AUGUUGGAAUUGAUGAACAGAAUCAGCGAAAAACAAGCCAAGGAAUACUGUAUGUUGGAAUUGAUGAACAGAAUCAGCGAAAAACAAGCCAAGGAAUACUGUAUGUUGGAAUUGAUGAACAGAAUCAGCGAAAAACAAGCCAAGGAAUACUGUAUGUUGGAAUUGAUGAACAGAAUCAGCGAAAAACAAGCCAAGGAAUACUGUAUGUUGGAAUUGAUGAACAGAAUCAGCGAAAAACAAGCCAAGGAAUACUGUAUGUUGGAAUUGAUGAACAGAAUCAGCGAGAAACAUGCCAAGGAAUACUGUAUGUUGGAAUUGAUGAACAGAAUCAGCGAGAAACAUGCCAAGGAAUACUGUAUGUUGGAAUUGAUGAACAGAAUCAGCGAGAAACAUGCCAAGGAAUACUGUAUGUUGGAAUUGAUGAACAGAAUCAGCGAGAAACAUGCCAAGGAAUACUGUAUGUUGGAAUUGAUGAACAGAAUCAGCGAGAAACAAGCCAAGGAAUACUGUAUGUUGGAAUUGAUGAACAGAAUCAGCGAGAAACAUGCCAAGGAAUACUGUAUGUUGGAAUUGAUGAACAGAAUCAGCGAGAAACAUGCCAAGGAAUACUGUAUGUUGGAAUUGAUGAACAGAAUCAGCGAGAAACAUGCCAAGGAAUACUGUAUGUUGGAAUUGAUGAACAGAAUCAGCGAGAAACAUGCCAAGGAAUACUGUAUGUUGGAAUUGAUGAACAGAAUCAGCGAGAAACAAGCCAAGGAAUACUGUAUGUUGGAAUUGAUGAACAGAAUCAGCGAGAAACAAGCCAAGGAAUACUGUAUGUUGGAAUUGAUGAACAGAAUCAGCGAGAAACAAGCCAAGGAAUACUGUGUGUUGGAAUUGAUGAACAGAAUCAGCGAGAAACAUGCCAAGGAAUACUGUAUGUUGGAAUUGAUGAACAGAAUCAGCGAGAAACAAGCCAAGGAAUACUGUAUGUUGGAAUUGAUGAACAGAAUCAGCGAGAAACAAGCCAAGGAAUACUGUGUGUUGGAAUUGAUGAACAGAAUCAGCGAGAAACAUGCCAAGGAAUACUGUAUGUUGGAAUUGAUGAACAGAAUCAGCGAGAAACAAGCCAAGGAAUACUGUGUGUUGGAAUUGAUGAACAGAAUCAGCGAGAAACAUGCCAAGGAAUACUGUAUGUUGGAAUUGAUGAACAGAAUCAGCGAGAAACAUGCCAAGGAAUACUGUAUGUUGGAAUUGAUGAACAGAAUCAGCGAGAAACAAGCCAAGGAAUACUGUGUGUUGGAAUUGAUGAACAGAAUCAGCGAGAAACAAGCCAAGGAAUACUGUGUGUUGGAAUUGAUGAACAGAAUCAGCGAGAAACAUGCCAAGGAAUACUGUAUGUUGGAAUUGAUGAACAGAAUCAGCGAGAAACAUGCCAAGGAAUACUGUAUGUUGGAAUUGAUGAACAGAAUCAGCGAGAAACAAGCCAAGGAAUACUGUAUGUUGGAAUUGAUGAACAGAAUCAGCGAGAAACAAGCCAAGGAAUACUGUGUGUUGGAAUUGAUGAACAGAAUCAGCGAGAAACAUGCCAAGGAAUACUGUAUGUUGGAAUUGAUGAACAGAAUCAGUGAGAAACAUGCCAAGGAAUACUGUAUGUUGGAAUUGAUGAACAGAAUCAGCGAGAAACAUGCCAAGGAAUACUGUAUGUUGGAAUUGAUGACCAGAAUCAGCGAGAAACAUGCCAAGGAAUACUGUAUGUUGGAAUUGAUGAACAGAAUCAGCGAGAAACAUGCCAAGGAAUACUGUAUGUUGGAAUUGAUGAACAGAAUCAGCGAGAAACAUGCCAAGGAAUACUGUAUGUUGGAAUUGAUGAACAGAAUCAGCGAGAAACAUGCCAAGGAAUACUGUAUGUUGGAAUUGAUGAACAGAAUCAGCGAGAAACAAGCCAAGGAAUACUGUAUGUUGGAAUUAAUGAACAGAAUCAGCGAGAAACAAGCCAAGGAAUACUGUAUGUUGGAAUUGAUGAACAGAAUCAGCGAGAAACAUGGCAAGGAAUACUGUAUGUUGGAAUUGAUGAACAGAAUCAGUGAGAAACAUGCCAAGGAAUACUGUAUGUUGGAAUUGAUGAACAGAAUCAGCGAGAAACAUGCCAAGGAAUACUGUAUGUUGGAAUUGAUGAACAGAAUCAGCGAGAAACAUGCCAAGGAAUACUGUAUGUUGGAAUUGAUGAACAGAAUCAGCGAGAAACAUGCCAAGGAAUACUGUAUGUUGGAAUUGAUGAACAGAAUCAGCGAGAAACAUGCCAAGGAAUGCUGUAUGUUGGAAUUGAUGAACAGAAUCAGCGAGAAACAAGCCAAGGAAUACUGUAUGUUGGAAUUGAUGAACAGAAUCAGCGAGAAACAAGCCAAGGAAUACUGUAUGUUGGAAUUGAUGAACAGAAUCAGCGAGAAACAAGCCAAGGAAUACUGUGUGUUGGAAUUGAUGAACAGAAUCAGCGAGAAACAUGCCAAGGAAUACUGUAUGUUGGAAUUGAUGAACAGAAUCAGCGAGAAACAAGCCAAGGAAUACUGUAUGUUGGAAUUGAUGAACAGAAUCAGCGAGAAACAAGCCAAGGAAUACUGUGUGUUGGAAUUGAUGAACAGAAUCAGCGAGAAACAUGCCAAGGAAUACUGUAUGUUGGAAUUGAUGAACAGAAUCAGCGAGAAACAAGCCAAGGAAUACUGUGUGUUGGAAUUGAUGAACAGAAUCAGCGAGAAACAUGCCAAGGAAUACUGUAUGUUGGAAUUGAUGAACAGAAUCAGCGAGAAACAUGCCAAGGAAUACUGUAUGUUGGAAUUGAUGAACAGAAUCAGCGAGAAACAAGCCAAGGAAUACUGUGUGUUGGAAUUGAUGAACAGAAUCAGCGAGAAACAAGCCAAGGAAUACUGUGUGUUGGAAUUGAUGAACAGAAUCAGCGAGAAACAUGCCAAGGAAUACUGUAUGUUGGAAUUGAUGAACAGAAUCAGCGAGAAACAUGCCAAGGAAUACUGUAUGUUGGAAUUGAUGAACAGAAUCAGCGAGAAACAAGCCAAGGAAUACUGUAUGUUGGAAUUGAUGAACAGAAUCAGCGAGAAACAAGCCAAGGAAUACUGUGUGUUGGAAUUGAUGAACAGAAUCAGCGAGAAACAUGCCAAGGAAUACUGUAUGUUGGAAUUGAUGAACAGAAUCAGUGAGAAACAUGCCAAGGAAUACUGUAUGUUGGAAUUGAUGAACAGAAUCAGCGAGAAACAUGCCAAGGAAUACUGUAUGUUGGAAUUGAUGACCAGAAUCAGCGAGAAACAUGCCAAGGAAUACUGUAUGUUGGAAUUGAUGAACAGAAUCAGCGAGAAACAUGCCAAGGAAUACUGUAUGUUGGAAUUGAUGAACAGAAUCAGCGAGAAACAUGCCAAGGAAUACUGUAUGUUGGAAUUGAUGAACAGAAUCAGCGAGAAACAUGCCAAGGAAUACUGUAUGUUGGAAUUGAUGAACAGAAUCAGCGAGAAACAAGCCAAGGAAUACUGUAUGUUGGAAUUAAUGAACAGAAUCAGCGAGAAACAAGCCAAGGAAUACUGUAUGUUGGAAUUGAUGAACAGAAUCAGCGAGAAACAUGGCAAGGAAUACUGUAUGUUGGAAUUGAUGAACAGAAUCAGUGAGAAACAUGCCAAGGAAUACUGUAUGUUGGAAUUGAUGAACAGAAUCAGCGAGAAACAUGCCAAGGAAUACUGUAUGUUGGAAUUGAUGACCAGAAUCAGCGAGAAACAUGCCAAGGAAUACUGUAUGUUGGAAUUGAUGAACAGAAUCAGCGAGAAACAUGCCAAGGAAUACUGUAUGUUGGAAUUGAUGAACAGAAUCAGCGAGAAACAUGCCAAGGAAUACUGUAUGUUGGAAUUGAUGAACAGAAUCAGCGAGAAACAUGCCAAGGAAUACUGUAUGUUGGAAUUGAUGAACAGAAUCAGCGAGAAACAUGCCAAGGAAUACUGUAUGUUGGAAUUGAACAGAAUCAGCGAGAAACACGCCAAGGAAUACUGUAUGUUGGAAUUGAUGACCAGAAUCAGCGAGAAACAUGCCAAGGAAUACUGUAUGUUGGAAUUGAUGAACAGAAUCAGCGAGAAACAUGCCAAGGAAUACUGUAUGUUGGAAUUGAUGAACAGAAUCAGCGAGAAACAUGCCAAGGAAUACUGUAUGUUGGAAUUGAUGAACAGAAUCAGCGAGAAACAUGCCAAGGAAUACUGUAUGUUGGAAUUGAUGAACAGAAUCAGCGAGAAACAUGCCAAGGAAUACUGUAUGUUGGAAUUGAUGAACAGAAUCAGCGAGAAACAUGCCAAGGAAUACUGUAUGUUGGAAUUGAUGAACAGAAUCAGCGAGAAACAUGCCAAGGAAUACUGUAUGUUGGAAUUGAUGAACAGAAUCAGCGAGAAACAUGCCAAGGAAUACUGUAUGUUGGAAUUGAUGAACAGAAUCAGCGAGAAACAUGCCAAGGAAUACUGUAUUGCGGAACGACAACACGCCAAAAGUCGAAAAGAUAAAACGUGCUGA